GCGCGCGCGAUGGGUUUGCGUGUUAUCUGCUGAGCAAGGCUUGUGUGUGGGGGGGUUGGGAGGGUAGGGUGGUGUGUCUCUCUGGUCUUGCGGUUGUUCCCUCCUCCUUGAGCGCUUUUUUUAGUUGUAAAUAUCGUCAUCAUCAUGGAUUUCCUGAAGCGAGAGCUAGAGCGGAAAAGAAAACUUGCGGAGGCUGAUUUUGGAGGCAGCAAGUGCUUACGUGCGGGCGAUAUAGAGAAGAGAAAGCUGGAGAAGCUUAGACAGGAUGAGCAACGCGAGAUGGAAGAGAAGGCACUUAGGCAGCGUCUGGCCAAAGAAGAGUCAGAGCUACAUGACAAGGCAGCCAGUAAACGACAAGGGGUGUCGGAAUCGGGAUCGGCGAAUGCAAGUUCCAAGCCUGCGAGCGGCGGAGAAGAGGAGGGAGGGGAGGAGUUCGAGAAGCUGGUUCUCUCAACAGAGGAGGUGAUCCGACGGCUGAGAUUGCUCAAGCAACCGAUAACGUUGUUCGGCGAGGAUGAAAAGGCGCGCAUGCAGAGAUUAAGGAUGCUGCUGAAGGCGGGCGUGGUAGAGCCACAAGAUGAGCUGCUGAAGGGGCAGCAAAACGAUUUCUUACGGGAUAUCGUAGAGUUGAAAAAGGGUGAAAAGCAUGGGGUAAGAAAGCACAAGCAGCAGAGAGAAAAGGAGAGAGACAAGGAUAAGGGAGGAGGAGGAGGAGGAGGGGGUAUGGACGAUCAAAGCAGAGGUGGAGGAGGGGGAAAAGGAGGAGGAGGAGGCGGAGGAGGAGGAGAGAAAGGAGAUGGGGGAACAGGAGGAGGAGGGGGGGAGGGAGGAGGAGGAGGAGGAGGAGCAGGGGGAGGAGGUGAUUGCUCGUUAGGGGAUGGAGGCGGGUUUGCGUCAUCUGGCGGUGACGGCGCUCCUGAUAAGGAUAACAAGCGCAUGCGCGCCAAUUACGACGAUUUAUGUGACGAAGACAAGAUUCUUGUCUUCUUUAAGAGGCUCUUGAAUGAAUGGGAGCAGGAGUUGGAAGACUGGCUGGAAGCCGACAAGCGGACUGCAAAGGGCAAAGCAGCUAUGGCCACUCACAAACAGUGCAAGCGAUACCUCAAGCCUUUGUUCAAGAUGUGCAGGAAGAAGUCUGUUCCUGAUGAUAUUCGAUCCAAGCUCCUGCUGAUUAUGAAGCACUGUCAAGAGAGGGAUUACAUGAUGGCCUGUGAUGUGUAUGUCAAAUUAGCCAUCGGAAAUGCGCCAUGGCCAAUCGGAGUGACUAUGGUGGGAAUUCACGAGAGGUCGGCGCGGGAGAAGAUUUUCACCAACAGUGUUGCGCACGUGAUGAACGACGAGACGACAAGAAAGUACUUGCAGUCGGUGAAGAGGUUGAUGACGUUUUGUCAGAGAAAGUUCCCAUCUGCGCCUUCCAAAAGCGUCGAAUUUAAUAGUCUAGCAAAUGGAAGUGAUCUCUAUGCUCUGGAGGAGGAGGAGAGGGAGAAAAGCAUGAGCAGCGGUGGCGGCGGCGGGGGGAGCAACAGAUCACAAGUCGUCGAGGAACGAUUACUCAUCAGCGAUAAACCUGCUAACGCCGGCGACUCGGACAGGGGAAAGAAAACGACGUAAUCUGUAUCUGAGGGUCUCGUUAUCAUUCUUGUCAGAAGCAUCUGAAUCUGGUCAUGUCUCUAUCAUCAUUGAUCAUCAUAAGACUGCUACCCAUGAUGCACGUUGAGAGUCGACCGUCGGAGGUGCUUGAUACCCCCUUUUUCGGCCCCCCCCCUGGGGGCGCCUUUGCAGAUGGGACCAAUCAGCACAGCACCAAUCUCUUGUUUGGGAAAGAGGGGAGAGAGAGAAGCGUGACGAAAUACAGCAGCAGCAGCAGCAGCAGUAGAGAGCACUAGGUGGAAUCAGCAGCGACACAGCCGCCAACGACUUGGACAGAGGCAAGAAAAAAUGGUGUGAUCUGCAUCUGGCCCCGCAUUCUGCUAAGAAACAUCUGAUUUGGGCAUUUUUUCAAGAAAACAUGAGUAUGUACAACAGCCUAUUCAUGGUUUGCAGUAAAACCCAAGAUGCGUA